AUGUCAGCAACAUUCGACCUCCCAAACGUCGUACCAACAAUCGGUGCCCUGGUAUUAUUCUACAUUACUUUCUCAACAUUCAUCCUCCCAUCCUUCUCCGCAAAACACAAAUUCUGGAAAUCACAACCAUGGGUCGGACAAAGCAAUCAAUGGUUUUCAGGACUGCGAGCACAAAUUCGCACAAUCAAAGAUACUCGAUCCCUUAUCUUUGAAGGCUACGAAAAAUACGGCAAAAACAACAAACUCUUCAUCCUCCCCCAACUCCUCCAAGAACCCCUAAUAAUCCUCCCCUCAUCCAUGAUCCCCGAAAUAAACGCCAUGCCAGACUCCCGCAUCGACAUAGAAAUCCCCAUCGAAGCGACCCUUUCCAUCGACAGACUAAUCUACCCGGGGAUCGGAAGUGGGUUAUCCGUACAUUUUGGAAUCGUUCGAAGACAACUUACUCGGAGACUCGCGACUAUGACUUCUGCGAUUCAUACGGAGUUGGUUAUGGCUAUGGAGAGGGAGUUUCCUGUUACGAGACAACGUGAUCACAGGGCUGUGAAGGUGUAUCCUGCGAUUAUGAAGAUUGUUAGUCAGGCUGCUAAUCGAGCGUUUUGUGGGGUUGAAGUUUGUCGGAACCCAGUCUUUAUAAAAAGUUCUUGCGACUACGCCGUGGCGAUUUUCACUCUCGGCGGUAUAAUGAAAAUGAUCCCGAAGAGUCUGCAUGCUCCUGUACAUUGGACUUUCAAAGGCAUGAUUUCAAGACCUCUUGCAGCUUGCACGAAGAUUUUGAUUCCGGUGAUUCAUGAAAGACUACGACACAUGCAAGAUCCGGAAUUAUUAAAGUCUUGGGAAAGACCCUAUGAUGCUCUGCAAUGGCUACUCGACGAAAUCCUCGAACAAUCCGUCACCGACCCCUCAUUACUCAACGAACACACCAUCGCCCUCCGAAUCCUGAACUGGAACAUGGCUUCCAUUCACAGCACAGCUAUAACAUUCACCAACACCGUCUUGGAUCUCUACAGUUCCCCCAACGCCGAAGAAUCCAUCGCUUCCCUCCGAGAAGAAUGCGAGCGAGUUCUAGCCGCCCACGGAGGAAUCUGGACCAAAGACGCCGUCAACGACUUAAUCCGCGUCGACUCCGCCAUUCGAGAAAGUAUGCGAUACUCUUCUAUCCUCGAAACAGUGACCGUCAGAUUGGUAAAUGAUCCCGCAGGAGUAACUCUCUCAGACGGCACACACCUCCCCCACGGAAUCCUCAUAGCCUUCUCCCAAAAUCUCCUGCACGAAGAUCCCAGAUUCUACCCCAAAGACACAAACUCCUACAACCCUUUCCGCUUCUCCGCUCCGCGAGAAACUUACCUAGCCCAAGCAUCCGAGAGCGGGGAUCCCGUAAAAUUAGCAAAAGUUCUAGAAGCGAAAAACGAAGCUUUAAUCGCCGCUGGACCGGAUUUCUUGGGUUUCGGUGCUGGAAGACAUGCGUGUCCCGGAAGAUUCUUUGCGGCUCAGGAAAUGAAAUUGGCUUUGGCGCAUAUGUUGCUGAGUUAUGAUAUUAAGAUUGAGGGGGGGAGGCCGGAGAGUAAUGCGAUUAAUGGAUUUGCUGUGCCUAGUGAGGAGGCUGAGAUUUUGAUUCGGUUGAGGGAGUGA